CGCGAAGCGCGUGCGUCCAUCUUUCUGGUGUCACGCAGAUCAUCUUUGCGGAGUACAGAAUGACCUCUUUAAAAUUGUGAAACCAAACCAUAACUGGACGCAAGCAUGUCCUUAAUGGAGCUCCAACAUGAGAAAAGUGAGCGUGUGUACACCAGAAGGCAGACGAGUGCUGAGAUAGUGUCCGAGGCCCGUCGCUCUCUCAGAACUCUUGCCACACAACGACCCUUCACCCCUCAAGAGAAGCAUCGGCAGCUUUUUGGAGAGUCAUCCUCUCGUGCACGUGACGGACGUCCACCUUCUGCAUUUAGUCUUCAUGCCCGGAAUUUUGAAGCACCUGACUCCAGACCAGGUUCUGGAAGCCGUCUCAGCCCACUGGAACAUAAACCCAGGCUGACUGUGUUUCGGGAUGAGGAUGGUCGUGAGGAUGAAGCAGCUCUCCCCAAACCCCCAGCUGAACGAGAGAAUACCAGGAGAGAUUCAGGAGGGUGUCGAGCCAGACAUCUUAGAACGUCAUCCAUUAACAGGCUACCACUCAUGACAUCACACUCAAAGAGUUUAGAUAGGUCUGUAGAAGAAAGAAUAGACCAACCAGAAGAAGGAGAAAAGCAACAUUGUGCUGAUGUCACAGGGCAUAACACAAAAGCCUCCUCAGAAGCUGACCGGCACACAAUUACCAAAAGCAGUAGGGUACCGCAGUCAGCCCAAAAUGAUGUAUCCAGUGGAUCAAAACCAGAUGCUUAUCAUGGACUUAAUGACACAGAUGCAGAUGAUAAUAUGGAUGAAUCUCAGUACUGGAACUCUAAAGUCCUUCCAGUCCUUCAUGAAAUCGAGUCCUUUGCACCAGAUGACGGAGCGUCAGAAGAGAUGGUGGGACGAAUGUGUCACGCAUGCAAUGAACUCCAUAAUGCCCUGGCUGAGAGAGGCAUGCUGGGAAGGCAGUGUAAAAAGAGGUCCACUAUCCUAAGAUCGCUGUUCAGACUUGUAGAUGUGGGAUCUGAUCGACUUAACCUAACCUUAGCCAAACUCAUUUUGGCACUCAAUGUGAGUGGAAACAACUUGGUGAACAUCUGUAAGCUCGUCUUCAAAAUCAGCAGGAACGCCAGUAAUGACACCCUGUUCUUCACCAGCUCCGUCCUCGACUCGCUUCUUUCUCUGCUGCAGUGUGAGGAUGUGUGGAGUAAAAGUGAGGCCGUGCUGUACUGUGUCGGCUCACUGAAGCUCCUCUCAGGAAACAGCGCCCUCGCCAGUCUGCUGCUGGGUAAAGACUUCAUCGGGUUACUGCUGCUGCUAUCGAAGAGGCUGAUACAUUGUAUGCCUCAAACUUCAUUCAAUGUUACCAAUCACAGGGCAGAGGGAGAGGGUCAGCAUAUCAUUGCAGGACACAUACUGGUACAGGUCACUGCAGCUUUGAGAAAUAUAGCUGACCAGUCUGAGUCUCGGCCUUCUUUCUUAUCCAGCAAGGCCUUUGUUACUCUUUGCUGGAUUGUGGAGAACCACCGCAAUGACAUUGACAUCUGCAUUAAUGUGGCCCGGAUAUUCAGCAAGCUGUCAACCUACACUGAGUGCUGUUAUGCUCUAGCUGAGACACCACACUGCUGCAUCCUAUUUUUAGACCUGCUGGGCAAACAUAGCCGGAAACAGGACCUGGUAGUUCGUCUCCUGUUCACACUGGGGAAUUUAACAGCCAAGAGCAUUGAAGCAAGAGAACGGGUCUAUGAGGAGGAAGGGGGAAUAGAUGUCCUUUUAGAUCUUUUCCAGGUCUACCAGAGAACACCUUCGCACCCUGAACAACAUCCUGCUCCUGAAAGAGAGGACAUUCUCAUCAAACUGAUCCGACUGCUGGCAAACCUGGCCAUUCAUCCCACUGUGGGCACAGCGCUGGCUGCCAACCCUUUGUGUGUUCAGCUUCUACUACAAGUGUUGGAGUCCAGAUGCGUGCAGGAGAGUGAAGAGCUAGUGAUUAAUGCUGCCGCCACCAUCAACAACCUGUCUUUCUACCAGGGAGAGAGCUCGGUGGUCCGUUCCCAGCACAAACACAUCUCCCAGUCAGUGCUACUAAAGCUCUUGUUGGGCUCCAGUAUGGAAGGUGUAUUGGAGGCCACACGUGUGUUUGGAAAUCUUUCUCAGAUCAAAGAUGUGAGACGCUUCAUCGUGCAGCACAAAGUGCAUCAGUUCGUGGUGACCCUCAUAGACUCCAAGAACCCUGAUGUGUGUUUCUCUGCGUGUGGCGUUCUUAUCAACUUAUCUGCAGAUUCAGAGAAUAGGGCCCUACUGAGGGUUGAGGGAACCACGCAGAAGCUUAUUGACUGUCUGCGUGACUUUGGGUCUCAGGACUGGCAUCUGGCCGCUGUGGUGUGUCAGACGCUGUGGAACUGCUCUUUAGAUGGAGAGAUGCAACAUUCUGAAGAGCUUCUGAAGAUAUUAAGGCUCUACACAGACAGAGGACUUCUGCAGUGGCCUUCAAAUGAUGGAGUCAGACAGGUCCAGGAAGCAUGCUGGGAGUUGCUCUUUUUGCCUGUGGCGGAGAGGCUAAGACAACGUUUACAUGUUGAAGACAUUACUGGAAUCAGUUAGUAAGCUUCUCUGAUCUUCACACUCACAUUCAGAUAUGAAUGUACACAUGCACACAAGAGGAACG